UUUAGACAGUGUAAACAAACGUUCUUGGCUUGACCGGAUUUCUUUCCGGCGUUUACUGUUCCAGAAGACGUGUUCGUAGUGAAUCCGUCCAACCACCCUGAAGAUAUUCGGAAGCGUAAUUCAGUGUUUAUAUGCAAAAAACGGCGCCUCGACGAUUAUAAAACCAAUCUUGUUCCACGUGUAGUGAAUACAAACCACUAGCCGGAACCUAUUCCGCCUCCUGCUUCGGCGUUCAUUGUGAACAAUGGCGUCGGUUGAAGUUCCCGGAAAAAAUGGCAGCAACAACAACAUUCCUGGCAAAACAAAGCUGGUGGUGCUAAGGUUGGAACAUGCUGAAAACGUAUCGCUGCCAAAGAACCCCUUUCUGAUCCGUAAAUCAGUCGAGCAAAUUGCGGGGAAAAUUGAGGGUGGUUUUCCCGACAACGGGGGAGCUCGCUAUACUUUAAAGGUGAGCAACCCCGAGCAGGUCAAAGCAUUGCUGCAGAUGGACAAACUAACCGAUGGCACCCCAGUCAUAGUUACGGAACAUCUGGACAAUAAUGUGACCCGUUGCGUAGUAAAGUGCCGUGAGCUGAUGGAUCUAACGGAGGAGGUUCUUUUGGAAGAAGUGGCUGCCCAAGGUGUUAUCGGCGUUCGGAAAAUAACCAGAAAAUCCGAAGAUGGCUUACAGGAGGAAACACCGAGUAUCGUUCUGUCCUGCUCCGGACAAACUGCUCCAGAAUAUGUAUUUUUCGCUUAUUUGCGAGUUAAAACCAGUCCUUACUACCCAGAGCUCAUCCAGUGCUACAAAUGCUGGCAAUUCUGGCAUAUAAAGCCAAAUUGUUCCUGCGACCCAAUGUGCGGUACAUGCUCCGGCCCUCAUGACACGGUGAUAGGGAAGAUCUGUCCGACCAAACCCUACUGCAAGAAGUGCGAGUCUGACGAACACCCUAUCUCAAGCCGGAAGUGUCCGAAAUACGUCGUCGAAAACACAAUCGCCAGGAUUAAGAUUGAUAGAAACAUUUCCUACGACGCUGCCAAGAAGGCAUACGAGGAAGCAAAGGUCAAAUCCGUUGAUGUUUUGAUGCAGAAGCUUGCCGAUUUGGAAAUGAUGAUGAAAAACAACGACAAAACUGUAGUAAACUCUAAAUCCGUGGAAGGUCUGCUGCAAAAGUUCACCGACUUGGAACUGAUCAUCAAGGAAAAGGACCGCGAGAUUCAGGUGCUGAGAGGAAUUUUCAACACCAUGCAGCAAGCUCGGAAGCCGACAGGUGAUGACCAGCCAACAGUACAGCCGAAGUCCAAAUCCAAACAGGAAGUGCCAUCAAAGACUGUCGUCAACCCAUCGAAGGCAGAAACGAAGCAGAAGCAGAACCAAACAUUGGUCGAAGAUCAGCAGUUUGGUUCGACCGUGGGAGACUCCAAAACCACUGGGAAACCAGCUGGACGAUCCGGUAAGAAAAAACGAGGCAAGGCUAAGAAGUAACCGAUUCGCCUCGACUGGAUUCAUCAUUUUGAUCGUAUUGCAACCACAACAUUCCUACCGAAACUUAUGAUUAAGACAGCAAAAUAAUCUUCAUUAUCCUAAAUAUUCUUGAAAUACAUUUUGCGUUUAUUGAUUUUGAUUUUAAAUUAUGCAGAGCCGAAAUCCUUUCA